CAGAAUGACAAUUCCACAGCCCCGCCAUCGAGUUGCUUUUCUCAUCAUAUUUUGGUGCUUUGCGUGCUUUUUCGUUUUCCAAAACAAAACCGUGCUCGAAAAUUUGUGUGUGUCUAAAUAAAGUGCAGAUUAAAAAUACGAAAAAUAUCAAAAUAUUGUUAUAAAUUAUUAGAACUUUUUAUAUUUCCAUGACGACGUUAAAGUUCAGUGACCCUGUCACGCUGACCCAAUAAAGCCAAUAGCUUUAGCUAGAACAUAAUCAAGCGUUUCAGUGUUCUUUCAGAUAUUAAAUAGUAAAAUUUAUACACAUGCAAUAUUUUACAAGCGCGAGAAUAACUCAGGAAUAUUUCGAUACGCCAAAUACGCUAGUUAUUGGGCCAUUCUCUAUGUUUGUAAUAUUCUUUUACAUCAAACUAUUUUACGUAUUGGUUGCUCUAUACAUAUCAUUGCAUUACAUCAACACAAUCGGAGACUAAUAUCCAUAUAUAGGGGGCAUACGCAACAACAGAGAAAGACAAGUGAAUCGCGGCGGGGGUUUGUAAUAUAGAAAUGUAUCAUUUUAUGGCCACAUGUGCGCCUGAGCCAUUGGAGUUAUCGGAAAAAGUUCAAAUACCAGGCCACGUACGACAAUAUCUUAAGGACUUCCAAUUAGAGACGAUUCGUUUUUUACAUAAACAUUUAGCUAAUCGAGAUUUUUGUAUAUUGAACGAUGAGAGUGGCUUGGGCAAAUGUGUGUCAACUGCUGUGUAUUUAGGUGCAAUAGCCAAAAAUAAAACAUGUCUUAUUGUUGUUCAAAAUGAUGAUGAACUUGUGGCUAGUUGGCAAUUUCACUUCGAUGUACUUACAAAUCUAACCGUUGGAGUUUUGGGUUCGAAUACGGGCAUCUUGGAAUCACCGCCAAAUGUAGUCAUAGCGAAAUGGGCUACUCUGCGUUCAACAAUUGAUGGAAACAAAUGUAAUUAUGAUUAUAUUAUUAUCGAUAAUCGAGGCCAAAUGAUGAGUAAUAACUUCUGCAUGUCUAUGCUCUUGAGUAACUAUGAACAUAAAGUCAACUUAAUAAUAUCUAGUAACGAUGUAACGUCUGAUUUAAAAUUGUUACAUAACUCGCUGCGUCUGGGUGGGCGUUUGGAGCAUCAGUAUGAACAGUUUAAAGUUUUUGAGGCGAAAUACAAAUUGCCCGACUCGAAGGAUGUACUUAAUAAAAUUGCAGAUUUGGAACAAUAUUUCUUAAAACGUGAAAUGAUAAGUGAUUUUUGCAAAGAUUUCCGGUUACGGCGUUAUCGACAUCAGUAUGAAGACGAGCUGCCGCUUGUGGAUGCAGAACGAUAUAAGAUAAAUUUGGAUUUGUGGCGUUCCAAUAGCUCACAAAAAUCGAAUGAUAAUGUCAACAAUUUAAAUGCGAAUUCUGAAACGCCGACUGAAGAACUGUUCAAUCAAGCAUUAGCGCUAGAUCGGGAAAUAACGCACAUUAUAGAUGGACAAAAGGCUGAAGCGUUGGUAAUGGCAAAUAAUGAGGCUUCGGACGAUGCGCUUAGUAUGUCACCGCUUUUAAUCGACUCUGACUCAUGCAAUAGCGAUGACGCCGAAGCAGUUGUCGACAUAACAAACCAAGAAAUCAGUUUGCCCCCUCAAAAUAAAUCAGCAGCUCCCGACAUUUAUGAAUUUGUUGACUUAUCAACUGAGAAAUGUUCGGAGGAAUAUGUGAGUAGUGUUAGCAGAGCUAAACCGAACACUGCAAAAAAAACGACUGAAACUCGAUCGAAUUCUCGAUCGCCUGUGCAGAAAAGCAACAACAUAAAGACAAUUGUAAUAAAAGACACAGAAGAAAUCGACAGUGGCAAAGAAUUGACUAAAAGCCAACUCAACCGAAAAAAGACAAAAUUACAAGCUUCCAAAAAGGUUUUGGAAAAAAAGACAAAUGGAAAACCAGCAGAUAAAAAUGACAAUCAAAAUGAAGGUUUGAACACCCGCGUUGAAGAGAAAGCCACCAAGGUGAAUGAUAGCAAUAAAAAUGCAACAGUUGCAAAACGUCAAAUGAGAAAUAAAAACGUAAUGAAGCAAAAUGUUGUUACGGAAAGUCAAACGUCACAGGUUAAAGCUAAUAAUACAGAUACAAUUACCACAACUAAACGCAGAACUUUGAAACAACCGGAAAAAUAUGUAAAACAAACCGCAAAUAAAAUAAUAUCCACUGAUAAAACGAAACUUGCCACUACAGCGAAGCAAAAGAAUUUGGAUCAGUCACAUAAAAAUGAAGAAACACUAAAAACAACUGAUAAAGCGGUGGAGCGUACUAGCCCUAGCAAAUUAAAUCAAGCUAAGCUGAAUACUGAUAAGUCAGUAAGAGGAAAAGACCAAACACUCGAUGAAAAAACCGCUGUGUCGAAGGAAAAAGAAGUAAAACCCAAGCAGAAUGUUAGUGAAUUAAUAGAGACCCCUAGACGUUUAAGGCAGACAAGAGGCGACAAAACUGAUGUUCGAAAAGACAAGGAGGCUGUGACAACUGAAAAAGUUACUCCAGCUAUAGUCGAGUCUAGAAAUACUACAAAAAAGGCACCGGAAAGUGAUAAGGUCAAUGAAAAUAAAUCUGCAAAAAAUUCACCGAAAGAUUCACCAAAAGAUGUUGUCGUAAAACAAAAUGUCAAACCGAAAUCAAAAAAUAACACACGCGUAGAUGUGCCAACGACACCAACCGUGCGAAAUACCAGAAGUAUGCAACGCCAAACGCGAUCCACGGACGCCGGAAGAAGUAAAUACAUGAAAUCGCCACUGAUACUAGAUGAUAAUAGAAAACCGAAAAGAAAACGAGCUAGACUAGAAGAUUGUGCCAAGGCUGGAACUAAGGCUCAGCAAGAAGAUGAAAGCUCAUCGGUUGAAGCAGAAACAACAAGCAAACGCAAGAAAAACGAGAAGGAAAAAAUAGCAACUGAGAAUAAUAGUAAUGCAAGCGGGAAAACCGCGCAGGGUAAGAGUAAAAAGAGGCAAACAAAUAAUAAAAUUAUUGAUACCACCGAUUCGGCCAUACUGCCAUGCUCCGGCAACACAGAAGACAUGCAAUGUGGUCAAAAAAUAAUUGCCGAUACGCACUCAGAUGACGGCUUUUUGCGACCACCAACACCGGUGCGCAACAUACGUAAUUCUGAACCAAAAAACCUUUUACCCACACCUAUUAGCAUAAACGAUUCCGAAGUAGUAUUUGUGCCAUGCACAGACGCGCCGCAUAAAAAUCAAUCGAUUGUUGUCCUAUCCAGUUCAACGGAUGAGGGCUCACUUUCGUCUCAGCACUCUGCACAGAGCCGGCGAACACGUGCGCUGAAACAGAAAACGGCGCUCAAGCGUCCAGCAACGGAUAUUACCAAUACCAGUCCAUUGCCCACAACGCCCACUUUCGGCGAACUAUUAGCCAAACAACGAAUGCAACGCAAGUCACCGGACUUGUUCAGUGCGAGCACUGAACUUGGUUUAACUUGCACACAACAAACGGCAUGCGAUCGACACGAUGGCGUAGAAACUUUUCAAGGCUUCAAAAUAUUCGGUUCGGAAGUGAAACAAAUACAACAACAAAAUGCGCACACUGCUGGUGGCAAGAAAUCAAAGCAAAUGUUAAGUCGUGGACGCUCAUGUUUAAAUAUACUCGAGAAAAUGUUUGAUACGCCCGCUGCGGAGGCCACAGUUGCUGCGUCGACUGCUCAAGCGCAAACGCAAACGCAAACGCAACCUAAAACAAAAACAACAAACACACAGAAAUCAACAAAGAAAGCACCAGACAGCAAAUUGGUGAAACGAGCGACCAGGGGUAGCCAACCGGUAAUGCCAACACUGCCAAAUGCAGUCUCCGCCACACAACAGCAGCACGAGAAAAGUAAACAAACCCAAAAUAAUGACACUGCUACAAAUCAGGUGAUUAGCGGUGCUCUGGUGGACGAAGAGAUUUUCGAAAUAACGAAUAAUGAUGCUUUCGGCAGUGUGAUGCGCAUCAAUUCAAAUGGUGAAAUAUCGCCAGUACAGACAACCGCACGCGGCCUACAGCCAACACAACACAAUAAGAUCACGAACUAUCUAAUCGGUACAACGCAACUAACACCAACGGAAGCCACCAUGGAUGAGCGUACGCCAAGCAAGCGCACACAAACGCCACUGUCCGGCACAGUGACGCGCCGAUCGCCGAAAAAUAAAUCAACACAAUCAACCAAACUGACCAAGUGGUUUCAGAAAAAUGGCGCGCUCAAUGAUCUCCAAGCGAAUGCAACACAGAAUGACCCCAACAGAAACACAAUGGCUAAGCGUCUUAAGCGGCGUUGCCUAGAGUUAUCCUUCAGGAAUUGAAUGAAAUUGACCAUGUUGAUGAUAAUGAUGAUGAGGACGUUAGACGCGACAAUAUGCAUGUACAUAUGUAUGUAUGCACAUUAAUUAAAUUAAAAAUGCAUGUAUUUAAUUAUAGAAUUAUAGACAGUAUAUUUUAGACAGUUUUAAUGUAUCUGUAUUCAAUUUUAACACAAUUACACAUACACAGUUGUUUUUUAAAUUACUUACAUAUUUAGUAAACUAAUUAAAUAUUGUACGUACGCACAAAAAACAACACAAGAAUUAGUUCAAAGUAUAGACAUUUUUAGUGUAAGCUAUGCGAAAUGUCUGUACCCCACACAUAAAACUGCUGAGUACAACUUUAUCGCAUCGGCCAUUGAACGCCAAUGAAUGUAUCCCUCGUAUUCUAUUACAUAUGAAAGCAAUUGGAAAUUUUACAUACAUAUUUACAUAUACAAAAAGAAAAAAACUAAAUACGUUUACAUUAGUUUUGUUCUAGUGUUAAAUAAUAUUAUACAAACACAUACAUAUAUAUUUACACACGACAGUGUAAAAUAACAUCAAUGUUAAAAAAUUAAAACAUUAGGCCAAAAAAAAGAGAAGAAAUAAUUAAAUUGAUUGAAAUAAAUGAAGUACAUAAAUGAAUUGAAA